CCGCCAUUUGGAAGCAAGGGUAAUUCAAUUGCGUAACGCCGACCAUGGAGUUACGGACAUACGAAUCGUGUUAUUGAGUGCCAAAUAUCGUCAAAUUCGAUUUUUUAACGCUAUUUUUUGAUGGCUUUACGAAGAACAGUCUCAUGUAAGUAUAUAAGCCAACCAGGAAGCGCACGGGCUGUUUGGAUAAAUCCCACACGAUGUGAAAUAGGAAAAUAUUGCAGUCGACUAUGGAGGAGCUCUGCUGUAACGAGAGGUAUCCUGCAGUACGUUAUUUAGUGAAUAUUUGAUCAUAUCGUUAAUUACUAGACGUGCUAGAUGACGAAGAUUUAAAAAAUGAAAUUCUGUCUAAUAUAAGUUAAAUUUUGUUAUUAUGAACUUUGUGCAGAGGAGGAAAAUUUCACGUUGUGUGACGUGCAUCGGCUUCGGUAAGCAUCGAUCAUGAAUAAAAAUCAAAACAUUCUUUUCCCUAGCGAGGCAUGAUUAGAAAUUUAAAUUCCCAUUCAACGCGAGGGUUCAAUAUUUGAUCUAGGCAAACUUAAUACUAUCAACUUCGAUUGUGAGUGCCUUGAUGUUUGUUGCAGCAAUGAAUGGUUAAAUUUUAUCUUUGUAGACAAUUGUUAAGUGCAGCAUGAUCACUUAAUUAGAUUUUAAUCAAAUUUCCGAAGAAUGAGAAGAAAUUAAGGACAUUAAGAGGAAACCGUGCCAAAGAAUUGGGAGAAAGUGCCUUUGCUUACAAAACUGAGUGGCUUUUUCCCCUCUUUUUCCAGUAGUAUGAUAGAUCAGUUUCGAGACUCAGUGCACAUCUAUGCAAAUUUUGGGCGAACUGAUGCACGCAACAUUGUAAAAAGAAUGCAUCUUAAUUUCCUUAAGGAGUAAUUGCCUUUUCUUUGGCCCUCACUUUGGAGUACAUUUUCACAGAUAGACAUGUGGGAUAUCUGUGAAUGCCCACAGUGGCCACUUUAUUACGACUCGACAAAAAUGUACAGUGAAAGUUUUUUCCCACGAAUUGUGAUGAGCAACCUUGCUUUUUCUUUGAGGAAAUCAAACAAGAAUCUAGUCUUCCAAACAGUCUUAAUCGGUUAAGAUCCAUCUUAUUAGCUAGCGCCAGAUUUUAAAAUAAAUUCUCUCAGAUUUAAUUUUAUUCCAAUAAUAACCCUGUGGACGCUUACAGUGUCGUUUCUUAAAUGCUGGAUUGGACUCUGUACUUGAGUUUUUGGAACUAAGGGAAGCGUGUGGCUAGUAUAGAUACGUGUUAACAUGGAACGCUCUUACUGUCAAAUUUCUCAUCUUUUUGGAAGUUUUAGGAAGACGUAAUCCAUUCACAUGGUAUAAUGAGAUGCUUGAGAAGUAUCCAAUACGAACAAAGUGCAUUACUUCAGGAGGUAAAAAGAACUGAGAGUUAAUUAAGGUUUCAACUCUAGCAUGAUUACUAUAAUGGGCCUUCCUAAAUAAGUUAAACUCACAUUAAUUCUUUUGAGUAAAAAAUUGAGACUUCAUUGCCCUCCCCCCCCUGCUCCUAUCAUGUAACAACCUCAGAUAAAAACCUAUCAAACAUACAUCAAUGUAAUGUCAAGCAGUGAUGUUCAUCUCCCUCAUUACUUUUACAGUGCUGUAUGGCGUGGGAGACUACAUUGCCCAAAGAGCCAUGGCCAACAAUGAAAAUGGUUUCAGUGAUAAGGUACAUGUGAUAUGUAGCCCUCUACCGAUUCAAGCACUUAAUGUAAAUUUUAAGUAAAUUGGCUCAAUGCUAGUGGAAUUUUUUUUUCAUUGAGGCUUUUGUCAAGAACUCUUAAAUUUAGGCAUACUGGCUAGCUUCAAAUUCUUACUUUGAAUUACUUUAAUGAUUUUCUUUCAGCGUCUUUUAAGAGCUGUUAUUUAUGGUUCAGUUAUCAUGGCCCCUCUUGCCCAUGUGCAUUUCAACUUUUUGGAGUGGUUGGUUGUAGAAAAGGUAAGAAGUUGAUUUAUUUACUCAAAAUUUAACCAUAAUUAUAGUAUUAAUUUUGUGGGCAACAGGGUAGCCUAAAGGUUGGUGCCCUGGACUCCAGGUUGAGAUGUCUGGGUUCACCAUCAAGCUGAGUCAUUGCAUUGUGUUCUUGGGCAAAGCAAAUAACUUUCACAGAGCUUUUCUCCACCUACGAAUAUAAAUGGAUAAAGGUGAAUUUACAGGGAAGGUUGAUGAAAUGCAGGGGGGAACCACCUUGUGAUGGACUGGCAUCAGGGAGAGGGGUAAUACUCCUAGUCCCUUUGUGUUGGGGAAACUGGAGUAAGCUUCAGCUGCAUGGGUCUCUUGACUCAAGUAUAGACUCAAGUACAGACUUAAACGUCAUGUCAAAAAUUCAAAUACACUGUCCAAUAGAACCACUUUUGUAAAAAUAUAAUAUUUAAGAUGAGAGCCUUUAUCCUGUACUCUCCCCUCCCUCCACAACCAAAACGCUGCCUUUUUUUAAAAAAUGUUAGACUCUCAACUGAACCCUCAUGCACUAUACAAGUGGGAAGGGUGGAAGAGAUGAAUGACAACACUCCACACCCUCAUUCAGGAGCUUUAUUUUGUAGUCUAAGAGGAUCUAACACUCCUGGACAUACCCAACAUUCCUUACUAAACUAUUUGGAUAAUCUGUUGAUCUAUCAGAAUAAAGUGAUCACAUUACAUACACCAGGAAUGAUAAUCAACUUGAAUUAAUUCAAUAAUUGGUUAAUUCAUUACUUGAGUAAUUGGUUGAUCUAUCAGAAUAAAGUGAUCACAUUACAUACACCAGGAAUGAUAAUCAACUUGAAUUAAUUCAAUAAUUGGUUAAUUCAUUACUUGAGUAAUUGGUUAAUUGGUUAUUGUGUGUAAUACAUCAUUGAUUGAAUGGUAAGAUUUUGUUAGAGGAAUCCUUAGAAGGUCAGCUGGCUGUCAGUUUCCAGUCUGUGGACAAUUUGCUUUCUUCUCUUAAUCUAGAUAGCUGCAAGAGCUUCCCUUGUUCCUUUUGUGAAAAUGUUCUUUGAUCAGUUUGGGUACUGGGCUCCAGCUAUAACUGUUGUGUAUCAUGUGAGGUUAGUGCAUCAGCCUGACUUUACACUGAGACUUUUGCUACAUUAUUAAUUUAGUGUUAUAAUUUAUCAUGUAUUUUUUUUCUCGCGCGCGAUUGGUCUAAACUCAUAACGUGACUAAAUAUUCCCCAGUUAAAACUAGGGAAUAUCCGAAAAUAUACCCCAUGUAAUAUUCCCAAAUUUUCAAGCCUACGUCCACUACGAUAAGUUUUCUUUUUAAACGUAAGUUAAAAAACAAGAAAGCAUUUUGUGGUUGUUACAGAAGAAGGGACAUGUUUGUUUGUUCAUAAAUACUGAAAAGUGAACAUCCCAUGGAGCAAACGGUAAGCUGUUCUUAACGUUUUUCCCGCGCGUUACAAAAUAUUUGAAGGAUAAGAAACACAUUAGCCUCCAUUUGGCACAAAAAUAUACUGAUUUAUUAUCCAACUGCACAAAGUAGCGUACAAAUAACGCGCCAGUAGAGUACAAAUAUCCUGCGAUAUUGUACGGUUUUUUGGACAGUUGGUUUUUCUGUACUGUAAAAAACCUGUUUAAGCAGUCGACAGCGCGCGCUAGCUUCUCUAUCCGCUUUGCUUUUACCACCGUGUGAGAAAUGAGCUGAAAGACUCCUUGUUUGUUUACUGGCCGUUAAAAUACGGCAUAAGUCGUUAAAGUACUCAGCGAUACUACACACCAAAACGUCUAAUAAAAUAUAUAACUUUGAUCGGUUCCUUGAGCUUCGCUCACGGAAGACUGUUCGCAUCUUAAAACAGAAUUUCCCUGGACAAAUAUCCGUGCAUAUUUUGGCGCUAAAUGAAGGCUAUUGUUUAUAUCUACGCCUCAUCAAAAGGGAUGAUACAAUUGUAUAUGAAACUAUUUGAAGCAAUCAAGAACGUCUUAGACGUUUAAACUAUGUAUUACCACGGUACUUACGGUAAAGUGAGCUGGAUGAAAGUUGAAAUGAGCCUUUUUGCACAAUUGUCUUACAGUAUGGGAGCAAUGGAAGGCCUUAGUUACAAUGAAACAGUAGAAAGGCUAAAGAAACUUUAUUGGCCAACUCUUAAGGCCUGUUGGAUUAUCUGGCCCAUAGUUAUGGUUAGUAUGGUGUUAACCUAAUAUUAUGGUCGAUCGUAAGAACAAACUCAACCAAUAAAGAGAAAAAAAAACACCCAUCAGCCAACCAAUCAGGGCCUUGGGAAAUACAAGAAGAAGCUGAAUAAGAACAGGAUCGUUCUUUAAGUAAACAGGCGCGAAACCCGAUUAUGUGAAGAGAAACGGGAGUGUCCUGCGUUCUACCCUCUUGUUUGAGAGGGAAGAAGAGAAAAUGUAAUGCGUUAAUUGAGGAGAUUGAGAAGGUUUCCUUGAAUUUUUAGCGCAAAAAUAGUGCGGUUUAAGUUGAAUCCGUCCGUCUGUGUGAAUUGAGAGCCUUUUGAAAGUAACUUUGCAAACCUCUGCCUUCUUGCGUUUUCAUUUCUUUUCGCGUUUCUUCGGGCUUGAGCCAAAUGCUUUUACGCUUUUUGCAGAUUGAAAUACCCCCAGUUUCCCUCCCCACCUCGGUAAGCAAUCGGUUUAAAGGAAUAACAGUUCAACGUUACAAGAACAUUAUCAUGUGUGUCUUUCUUAUCAUAUUUUUCUUUCCAUUCCUUCUUGUAACAUAUUUCCUUCUCAUUCAGGUUGUAAAUUUUAAACUUAUUCCAGUGGCACAUCAGUUGAACUUCUGCCUUGCUGUCAGCCUUGUCUGGGCGACUAUUUUAAGUGUAAUUCGUGCUCCAGACAGCUCGUCCUUAAGCAAACUUGAAGAAGUUGAACCUGCGUGCGCAGAGGUUCUUCCUGUGUCACAUUUACCCGUUGAUGGAGCCCAAUGAGACCUGGUGACGUCACAAGGAGACUAGCUUCCCAAGACUGGUUUGAAACGAAGUCAUCAUUAGGAACAAACUUUCUCUCGAGAACACUUUAUAAUUUUCUACCUUUCACAUUAAAAAAAGGCGAAUGAUUUUUUAGUUCAGUACUCUCAUUAACCUAGAGUCCCUAUGUUUGAAACCGCAAGCGAAAACAGUUCUCAUUUCCGUGAAAGCCCUCUGCUGUGGAAUAAAAAAUUAUUAGAUAUUCUAACUAAAAGUUACCAAUAAACUGAAUACUCAAAUUACUCGUUUGAAUGCUCUGAGUGAGUGAUUGAGUGAUCACCCAUAUUUUUCGCUGAAUGUUUGAAUCAGGUCUCAUUUACAGGACACUUUUGUAUUUAAGGAUUGGUAACGUAAGUGGUUACACCAAAAGGGUGUUUCAAUUAAUCGAUACCUUCAGCGGUUUUUAUAAAUAAGCCACUUCGGAGUUUUAUAAUUGGUAAAAAAAUCGGGCGACUCGACGUUCUAUUUCAGGCGACAUGACUCAGGUUCCGGGUAUGAUAAACGUAGUAUAUUUUUAUCUUGAAAAUAAAUCCUUGCAAACGCUUUCUUUGGGUGGACGUCUACUUCAGGAGUGGAUUGUGAAGUAGGAACUCUGUCAGUCUAGCAAAAAAGUGACAGAAAUAAGUUGCUGAAAAACGAGGCCCAGUGAAUGUAAAACGUGCUGCACCUGUGAAAUUUUUUACGCGCAAAGAGCAACUAUUUUAAUCAAAAUGUGACUUAUACUCAGACAAAUCAGAAUCACCUAGUGCUGAUAUGUGAAACUUUACAGUUCACGCUAACGCAUGUGAUACAAAUGGGAUUUUAUCCUCUCGUACUCCAGAAAGUAAGUGGCAUUUUCCUCCUUCCAACAACCUAUAGUAGACUGGGACUGGCAUUUUUGAGCCUGCGAAACAUGCCGCUGAGAAGAAUGUAAAAUGGCGGCGUAGUACUAGCUCAAAAUGACCUUUCUUCAUCGCUUGAGAUUUAUAUCGUCAUCUUUCAAUUAUUUGGGUUUUCAGAUAAUUUCUUCCACACGUGGAGGUAUUAUCUCUAACAAUGUUUCUUAUUCAUAAUACCUAGAAAUGCUUGCUGACACUCUUGGUACCCGUUUCACCUCGAAAUGUUUCUUCUUUGAUAUCCGUACAGGAAUUUCUUCAGCCUGGCCUCUGGUAAAGCUCCCGAUGAGAUAUUUACGGCUAUGGGUUCCUAGUUUUAAAGCAGAAGUAGAUAUUACUGGUAGGUGUAAAUCAUCGUGCUUUUUGAUGGUUUCUUAAAUACUCAGAAAUCAUGCUUCAGCAAAUAUUAAAAUCUUCACUGGGUUGAGCAAACUCUUCUGAGCUCCCAUGGCCAGACCAUGAAGACGGACUUUCACGGUGUGGCAUUUUUCAGCCUCCAACCCCUAAAAUGGCCUCUGUGUAAUUCUUUAACCAUUUCCGCCUUUACGUUAGCAUUCAUAUUCUCCACAGUGUUCACUUAACAUUUUCUGUGGUACUGACAUAGAGGAUUUUUCUGUUCGGAAAUCACGAGCUUCUUAAAUUGGUGAUCAUUUCUGUCGCGAUCAUUUCUCAUGACCUUUACAUGUGAUUCAAGGGCGAUGCUGCAAGGAGAAAGUAUGAGCCAAACACCCUUAGAUUAAAGGGUUAAGCUGUGUGAAAUCCUUCCUUCUGAAAAACCACUCUGUAUUUCCAGUUAUUUCUGUGUUUUCAGCUUAAAUUUUGUCCCCUGUUGUUAGACUCAAACAUAACUGUUAUCUCUUUACCCAUUUUUUCUUUCAAAGCUGACUCCUGGUCAAGUGGAAGAAAGUAUGUCAGUGGUUUUGAAGAUAUUGAAGAACUCCAUAA